AGUAGGUAGAUGGGGUGAUUCAUAAUAUAGUUUGUGUUUACAAUGUUAUAAUCGUAAAAAUAAAACAAAACUUUGCAUUUUUACUCCAAGUAAAUAGUUUAAGGUUUAUCUUUAGAUCACAUCAUAAUGGAAGAUGAAGAGCAUGAUCCCAAAGAAUACCGGUGGGAAACCGGUUAUGAAAGAACUUGGGAAGCAAUUAAAGAGGACAAAGAUGGUUUGGUGGAGAGCUUGGUUGCUGAAUUUGCGCAAAAACAGGCGAAGAGGGCAGCUGAGCCGCGGCGGGGGCCCGUGCGGCUCGGCAUGAUGCGACACUUGCUGGUCGCUAUUGAUUGUUCAGAUGCUAUGAAUACACAGGAUUUGAAACCAACUAGAUUUUUGUGCACAUUAAAGUUGCUAGAGAAGUUUGUAGAAGAGUAUUUUGAUCAGAAUCCAUUAAGUCAGCUUGGUAUUAUUUUGAUGAAAAAUAAAAGGGCAGAAAAAAUUACAGAGCUCUCUGGAAAUGUGAGGAAGCAUAUUAAAGCUUUACAAGGCCUAUCAAAUCUUAGUUUAACUGGGGAGCCUUCUUUACAAAAUACCUUGGAGUUGGCAGGGAAAGUAUUGAGACCGCUGCCAGGCCAUGCAUCUCGUGAGCUGCUUGUGCUGUUCGCUUCCCUCACCACUUGUGACCCAGGGGACAUUAAUACAACAAUACAGGCUUUGAAAACAGAUGGCAUCAGAUGUUCUCUUAUUGGUCUUGCGGCAGAAGUGCGAAUCUGCAAAAAGCUGUGUCAAGACACCACUGGAGAAUAUGGGGUUGUACUCGACGACGUCCACUACCGGUCGCUGCUGCUGGGCCACACGGCGCCGCCGGCCCGCGCGCGCGCCGCCGACGCGGGUCUCGUCAAGAUGGGCUUCCCGCACACCCCGCCCCCCGACCACGCCGAUAGCGCCGACCCGCCCAUCACUGUGUGCAUGUGCCACUUGGAAGAAGGCGAUGGCGUCGGCGGCGAGGGGGAGGGGCACCUGUGUCCGCAGUGCCGCAGCAAGUACUGCGCGCUGCCCGCACAGUGCCGCACCUGCGGGCUCACACUCGCCUCCGCGCCGCAUCUCGCACGAUCCUACCACCACCUGUUCCCGGUGGAACCGUACGAGGAGGUGGCUAACGAGGGCCAGGCGCAGUACUGCUACGGCUGUCUAAGGAACUUCACAGAGCAGGACAAGCAGAUAUACCGGUGCCCCCGCUGCUGCGAGGUGUACUGCUGGCAGUGCGAGGGCGUGGUGGGGGCGGCGCUUCACGUGUGCCCCGCCUGCGCCGCAAGGCCCCACCUCUAUCAGCGCCUGCCUGAUGCCGCUUCUGCGUCGUGAGGCCCCGCUCCAGCCCAACAUGAGGUCCCAUCUGAUUACCUACUUGAGCCUCCGCUUAAGGCUUGUGAAGACCACUUGAGACUCGGUAUUCUUAAGCGCUGACCGAGGCCCCAUCUGCUCUUCGUAUAUAAUGUGUCGCAGUCAUCUGGUUCAAUCUGCUAUUCGAUUGAAUGACUAGCGCAUUCAUGCGACACUGUGCAUAUUCUGCGACAUAUGCACAGUAUUGCAGCUGCAAGUAUGUACCAUCGAGGAAAUUCAUUCCUAGGCAGUUGACGGACCUACG